AGAUUGCUACCUGUUGGGUCUAUCGUCUAUCCCCUUCCUCUCCUCUCCUCCAUCUCAUCUCUCUCUCUCUCUCUCUCUGCUCCCGUCUCAGCCUGGGACUUCUGCUUUGGGUAAGGGGCCGAAGCCGAGGCCGAGGCCGGCUUCGGGGCGGAGGCGCGGGAGAGCAGGUAAUAUUUCUGGAAAAAGCGACGACAGCAGCAGCGGAAGCAGCAACUGAUCAAAAUGUUGUCGCAUUACGUAGGCAAGUACUUCCUCGCGUCUGCGUCUGCCUCUGUUUCUGCCUCCCGCUUUCACGUUCCGCCUCCUGCGCGAAAACGAAGACACACCUCGCCGACGUGUUGAAGAGGGAGGAAAUAGAAGAGAAAAAGAAAGCAUGGCAGCCACCGUCGUGUCCAGGAGCCUGCGCAUCGGCGUUGAUGUCGGCGGCACCAACACCGACGGCGUCGUCCUCGACCCGACGCGCGCCCUCGAGCCGGACAGGGGCAUCAUCGCCUGGCACAAGGCCCCGACCACGACGAAUCCGAGCCUCGGGAUCAACGACGCCAUCACCACCAUGUUCAAGACCGCCAACAUCCGCCCGGACCAGGUCGCCAGCGUCACCAUCGGAACCACCCACUUCGUUAAUGCCGUCAUCGAGAGGGACGCUGCGCGCCUGUCCAAGGUCGCCGUGCUGCGGCUCUGCGGCCCCUUCUCUAAACAUGUGCCGCCCUGCGUCGACUGGCCCGACGACAUGCGCGAGCUCAUCCUCGGCUACUACGCCCUCCUCAAGGGCGGCCUCGAGGUCGAUGGCUUCCUCAUCUCUGACAUCGACGAGGACGAGAUCAAGGCCCAGUGCGCCGUCAUCCGGGAGAAGGGCAUCAAGAGCGUCGUCGCCACUGGAAUCUUCAGCCCCAUCGACACCGUCGAGCUGCAGGAGGAGCGCGCAGCUGCCAUCAUCCGCGCCGAGAUCCCCGGCGUCGACGUCGUGUGCUCCAAAGAAGUCGCCAAUUUGGGUUUCCUGGAGCGCGAGAAUGCCACUAUCCUGAACGCGUCCAUCCUCGCCUUCGCCCGCAAGACCAUCCGCUCGUUCCAGGAGCCCAUCAAGCGUCUCGGCCUAACCUGCCCCGUCUUCAUCACCCAAAACGACGGCACCAUUCUGUCUGGAGACAUGGCCGCAAAGCUACCCAUCCGGACCUUUUCGAGUGGCCCAACCAAUAGCAUGCGCGGCGCCGCCUUCCUCGUGCAGAGAGAGCUCGACGAGGCUAUCAUGGUCGUCGACAUCGGGGGCACGACAACCGACGUCGGUCUUCUGCUCGCGAACGGCUUCCCGCGGCAGCAGGCCGCCUACAGCGAUCUAGCAGGCGUACGAAUGAAUUUUUCGUGCCCGGACGUCAAAUCUAUCGGCCUCGGCGGCGGUUCGAUCGUCCGGGACGGCGAGAACUUGACGAUCGGCCCGGACAGUGUCGGCUACAAAAUAACACAAGAAGCCAAGGUCUUCGGCGGCAAGGUCCUGACCGCCACCGACUGCGCGGUGCUAGCCGAUAGCACGCUCGAUAUUGGGAACCGAGAGCUGGCGAAUGGCUCUCUAGACGACAAAGGGAUCGCAAAGUUCAGAGCCGCCGUCAAACAUAAGAUCGAAAAGAUCAUAGAUACCAUGAAAACCUCACCAGAAGACCUCCCGGUGCUCCUCGUAGGCGGCGGCGCCGUAAUCGCACCGGAUGAGCUGAAGGGUGCGAGCAAAGUGCUCAAGCCCAAGUGGUCGGGGGUCGCCAACGCCAUCGGUGCCGCGAUCGCGAGAGUCAGCGCUGUCGUCGACACGGUGCGCUCCACCGAGGCCAAGUCCACGAAGCAGAUAAUGGAUGAGAUUUGCAAGGAUGCCAUCGAACGGGUGGUGGCGGGUGGCGCAUCGAGACCAACCGCUCGGGUCGUGGAAAUGGACUCAAUACCGUUGCCAUACAUCGCCAACAAAUCUCGCUUCACCGUGCGAGCGGCCGGUGACUUCGACUACUCGCGCACAGAUCUCUCGACGUUGCACUUCAAGGAGACGCCAGAGGAGGAGACAAAGGUUGAGAUGGGCGAGUACGAGAAGAAGGGGGAAGCUGCGCAGGAGAAGAAGGUGCGGCCGGAGUCUAAGCAGGAGAUCGAUAUCGACGGCUACCGGCCAACGGUGAAGAACCGCGUCUGGUAUAUCAACGAGACUGAUCUCAGCUGGAUCACGAUCGGGUGUUACAUCCUCGGCACCGGCGGCGGCGGUAGCCCGUACUCGGCGAUGAUACGGCUACGCGGGAUGCUGCGGCGCGGCGACGUCGUACGGGUUGUGAGUCCAGACGAUUUGCCGGACGACGCGGCCGUCGGCACGGGUGGGCACGCGGGCUCGCCGACCGUCGGCAUCGAGAAGUUCGGCGGCGACGAGAUGACCCAGGCGCAGGAGGAGCUCGCGAAGAUCUCCGGCCACCGCCCGACGCACAUCAUCUCGGUCGAGAUCGGCGGUGGCAACGGCCUCCAGAGUAUGAUCAUCGGCGCCAGCACCAACAUGGAUCUGCCUGCCGUCGACGGCGACUGGAUGGGCCGCGCGUACCCGACCAAGUGGCAGACGACGCCCGUCGUCUUCAACGAGCGCCCCCUCAUCUGGUCGCCCGUCGCCAUGACAGACGGUAAUGGCGCUGUUGUCGUCAUACCCACCGCCACCUCGGACCUCCAGGUCGAGCGCAUCCUCCGCGCCGCCCUAAGCCAGAUGGGCUCCGGCGUCGGCUUCGCCGACCCGCCGGUCACCGGCGCCGAGUGCCGCCGCUGGGCCGUCGAGCACACCAUCUCACAGUCGUGGCGCAUCGGGCGGGCCGUCGCCAGGGCGCGGCGCUCGAAUCGCGUCGACGCCGUCGCCGAGACGAUCCUCGCUGAGUGCGGCGGGCCCGAGGCCGGGAGCGUGCUGUGGAAGGGCAAGAUUGUCGGCGUCGAGCGGACGCUGAAGAUGGGCCACGUCUACGGCGAGUGCAUCAUCGAGGGGGCGGACGUAGUCGACGACGACGCGGUGCCGGCCGCCGCAAAAGCACCGUCGCAGCCGCAGUUCCGCGGCACGAUCAAGAUCCCCUUCAAAAACGAGAACAUCGCGGCGAUCCGGAUCACGCGGACGCCGGGGCCCGACGGCGAGACGGUCGAGACGGAGGACGAGGUGCUCGGCCUCGUUCCGGACCUGAUCACGGUCAUCGACGCGCAGAACGGCGAGGCGAUCGGCACGCCCGAGUACCGGUACGGCCUGCUGGUCAUCGUGCUCGGCAUCACGGCGAGCGAGCGCUGGACGUCGCCGCGCGGCAUCGAGCUCGGCGGUCCUGCCGGCUUCGGCAUGGACCACUUGACGUACAAGCCGUUGGGCAAGUUCGUCAAGCCGCGGAGCGUCAUCGAUGAGUUCGACGUGAGCGAGUGAAUAAGAGGCCCUGUCCGCGUGCGGGUAGGGCAUGUGCGUGUGCAUAUUGAGCGUCGCUCGCGGAGUAGAUUUUGCGAGCGAAGCAAGGAAACGAGGGAGGGCUAGGCGGAAUAUACAACCGUGCGCACGCAUGUCGACGUAGGGUUAGAUACUAUAUACCCAG